GCUGGGCAAACAAGCUACGCGGGGCCUACCCUCGCUCCGAGCCACGCGGAAGCCGCCGACCACCGGCCGCCACGGGGACGCGCUGCCCCUAACACUCUCCCAGCGAGGCGCGUCUCAAGAAAGGCUGCGCGCUCUUAGGGGGAGGGAAUUUAUUAUUCAGCCGGAGUCCAAGAUGGCGACGAGCUCUGACGUAAACGAGAUCUCGUGAGAGAGAGAGAGAGAGAGAGAGCGCGCGAGAGAGGGCGAGAUUUGGAGGCACCCGCGCUUCUGCGUGCGGGGAGGGUCUCCCCACGGAUCGCUCGAGUGUCCACUGAGGAAAGCAAAAAUUAAAAAGGUCCUCGACAUUACAAGUAUACUAGAGGGAAGUGAAAAAAAUCUAAAGAUGAAGGUAUUUCAGACCAUCUGCAGGCAGCUUAAAAGUUCAAAGGGGUUUUCUGUAGAACCAGCCCCCUGUGUGGUCUUCUCCACUUCCUCUUAUUUGUGUGGCCGGAAGAAAAAAGUGAACCCUUAUGAAGAAGUGGACCAAGAAAAGUACUCUGAUUUAGUAAGGUCUGUCUUGUCAUUCAGAGGCCAUGCUCAGGCACCACAGUCUUUGUUUGAGGAAGAUGAUUUACUCUACGGACCUGUGAGGAAGUGUAAGGCCCCAAAGCAAGAAGAAGCAGGAGUUCCACGAAACUGGUGUCCUCUCUUCAAUCCAGAGAAAAGCGGAAAACCAAGUGCAACAAGUGAUCCUACAAUUCCUUUGAAAAUCCCUUUGCAAAGGAAUAUGAUACCAAGUGUGACCCGAAUCCUUCAGCAGACCAUGACCUCAGAACAGAUUUCCUGUUUGGAGAGGUGGAAACGUCGGAUGAUUCUGGAACUGGGAGAGGAUGGCUUUGCAGAAUAUACUUCAAACAUGUUUUUACAAGGGAAACGGUUUCAUGAAGCCUUGGAAAGCAUACUGUCACCCCAGGGGAACUUAAAAGAGCCUGAUGAAAAUCUCCUCAAAUCUGGCUACAUCCAAAGUAUCCAGCAUGUUCUGAGAGAUGUCAGUAGAGUGCAGGCUCUGGAAAGUGCUGUUAAACAUGAGACCCUAAAGUAUGUAGGUCUGCUGGACUGUGUAGCUGAUUAUCAGGGCAAGCUGUGUGUGAUUGAUUGGAAGACAUCGGAGAAGCGAAAGCCUUUCAUCCAAAAUACAUUUGACAACCCGCUGCAAGUCGUGGCUUAUGUUGGUGCCGUAAACCAUGACAUCAACUACAGCUUUCAGGUUCAGUGCGGCUUGAUCGUGGUUGCCUACAAGGACGGGUCCCCUGCCCACCCGCAUUUCAUGGACGCAGAGCUCUGCUCCCAGUACUGGGCAAAGUGGCUUCUUCGACUGGAAGAAUAUACAAAGAAGGAAAAGAACCAGAAUAUUCAGAAACUAGUUUAAGGGCAGGAAGCUGUGUGGGAACGUUCAGGGCUUUCUCAAAGUUUGCGAACACGUAUCGCUGUUUCCUGUGACCUGGAAUGAGGUGCCACAGGGUCUGAGAG